AUGUUUUGGAGUUGCGAGAUCAAACAAGGCCAUAAUUAUACCAUCCCUGAUAUUAAGGGCACCAUCGAGGAUGAAGACCUCGAGCCAGGCGUGCUUGUCCUUACCAGCAUGCAGCUUUCUGAAUCAACUGUGUCUGAGAAAGUUAAAGUUAUGGUUCAAGAGUACGAAAAUGAGUUCCAAAUUGCCUCAUUGAGCUCUAAUUGAUGAAGCCAUAAAGUAAAGCUUCAGUUUGAGCAAGGGGAUAGGGCUUGAUUCUCAAUCAUAGGAAAGGGAUCAGUCAUCCUUUCUGGUUACUGGGAAGACCCUCCAGCUGAGUUCGACUUUGAUCCAUAUAAUCCUAAUGAAGGUUUUCCAACAAUAGACCAAGAGAAUACAUUACAAAACCAACUUGAAUCUGACUCAGACUCUGAGAUGGGAGCAAAUGAUCUUCUCAAAAACACAAUCCAAGGGAUGGCGGUCAAUGAAAAUGAAGAAAUGAGUGAAGAGAGUGAGGAAGUAGAGGAUCUUAGCGCACAUGAACAUCCAGGCUCAAAUAGUAGCAGUUCAGAAGACAAGCCUAACCCUCUUUCUGUGAUGUUUAAAAAGAAGAAUAAAUAAAAAUUCCCUUUAACGCGUUAUUU